AUGGACGAGCCCUUUCGGAAGAGACCGCGUCUCUCCAUGUUUCCCUCAGACGAUCAGCUGGACGAAGACCUUGGUGGCAGACGAAAGCGCAAUGAUCUGCUUCUAAAGUCGCGUUUCGAGUCUAUUUUUGAAAAGUACUCCCACGACUUCUCCAGCAUCGGCGAUGAGAUCGACAUGGACUCCAUGACUAUCGUAGUCAACAAUGGCCAUCUACAGUCAAUGGAGAACGAGACGGAUCCGGGUGGCUUACACAACGAGAGAGGCCAGACGCUGUUGCGAGCCAUGACCGAGACUAUCAAUGACGAUGAUGAGGUUCGCUACCACAACCCCGAUGCGGAUGAGGUCAUGAACAGCAUCGAGGAAAUGGCUGAAAGUGCUGCCAUGGCCGAAGACCAGGAGGAGAUGGUUCCGAUGGACAGCGAUGAAGAACUGUUUCUGCCUGUACAUGCGCGGCCUUCCUACAUGACGCCUCCAGAGUCGACGGAGAGCCAGAACACCAUCCAGUCCGACCUGACUAACUCCGAUCACGAUUCAUUGUUCGAAGCGCCGCGGCCUCGGCAUUCUUCCAGUCCUGAUUCACUUUUUGAAUCCAAACUCGAGUCAGGAGACUCAGAUGCAACAGAACUCCAUCGUGACUACACAAGUAUGGACGGCGACGUAGACGACAAUGCUAUUCUGCAAAAAUUUGGGCCACAAGUCGGCCGAGAAGUUCUCUCAGUCAUACAGAGAGCUAGAAAUGCUGCGUACCAAGCCCACAUCGAACCAGCCUGGCGCAUCCCGGCAAACGUCGCCCUUCUCGAGCAAGCUAAACCGAACUCAACAUCCAGAACACCUCCAAGCACCAUCUUUGCAGCUCCGGAAAUACAGCGGAGUGGCUCUCCAGACCACAGCAAGUCAUUAUGGAAGGGCUCACGGUUUCGGUCUACUAGAAGAGCCGUGCAUCAGGCUCGGGCGAUAAGACGUAUCCGCGCCGAGUCGGAAGACCCACUUCAAGAAGACUUUAACGACGUCGAAGAAGAGGAUCAAACAGGCUCUAGUGACGAAGACAGAUCAGACUGGGGAGACCAGGAGACGCCGAAGCAGAAGCGCAAGAAGGUCAAGGUGGACGAGCAGGUCCUACAAAUGAGGGAAGCAACCUGCUACUACUGCCAACGCCACUGGAGUACUCGAACCGGCAUGUUCAACCACUGGACCAAGUUAGCAACUCGGUUCGAUAAAGGCGAACUUGAUGAGGAUGAUGUACACGACCUGGAGUAUAUUCACGCUUACGUGGCAAACAGUAAAAGAGCACCCAAGGGGCCUCGACUGAUUGUCUCUGACUUCAAAACCCUGGUCGAGCUGCAUGAAGGUGCCGGUAUCUCAUUCGACGAGAUCGCAGAACUUCGAGCACUACGGACCAGAAAGACAGGCAUUGCUUUGAACGACGUGUAUGACCGAUAUCGCCUCAUGACAGACAACUCUCCGUCCGAGUCAGCAGACUGGUCGAAACAGGAGCUACAGACUCUGCACCAACUCUGCCAGAACCCCAAGCGAGACAUGAGUGGCUUUGCCUCUCAGUUUGAGAACCGCAACAAUACAGACAUCGGGAACAAAUUGGCUGAGAUCUGGUUGGCUGAACUGAUAAAUUCAGGUCAGGUAGAUGCCAAGGCCGUCCAGGAGCAGAAGACAAGCAUGUAUGACGGUAUUGAUGGCGACCGCUCGAAGCAUCGUCGCAGAGCACUAUCGGUCGAUGAGCUGUUCAUCAAGCAGGAACCCGGAUCCGAUGAAGAGCUUUUCGGCCAGAGUUGA